GGGCAGAGCCAGGGAGAGCACCCCACUGGCAGAUAGAAACUCGGCACCUAUGUCCUGGGCCCUGCACACCCCCUAGGGACAGCCCUGGUGACAGGGUCAUACAGCAGGAGAGUGACUGAGAAAGGCAUGGAAACCAGAGCUCUCCCAUGUCAACCGGAUGCCUAUCGAAGCUCCGUCUCUUGGUGGGCAAUGCAUCUUGGCCCUGGAUUGGGACCGAGUAUUGCAUGUUGCUUUGUAUGGGCCCCACUUCUAAUAAAUGCAAUAGGGGCCACAGAUUAAGGGUAAUAUUUUAAGAGGGGAUGGAUUGGCAAAUUCUGAGCAUGAGAUGAACUAUCUGCAUUUGGGAUAGAAAACUCAUGGGCUCAGGUAGCAUGAAAGGGAGAUCCCAGGGUCACUUGCCCUGACCAAUAGUCCUCUCUGGCUUGCUUUUAUGCUGCUGGACUUGUACAUAGAGCCAGUGAGCCUCCCAGCCUCCCAUGGUCAUCUUUCUCAGGACUUUUCCUUGGACCUGGCAAGAUUGGUGGGCAUUCCAGGCCACACAGUGGGUGCUUACUGAUGGUGGGUGACUGCAGAGACUAUAUUAGUUACGGGAAUUAAAUUGGUGUUAACAAAAACAAAGUUUUUUAAGCAUUUUGACUCUUAAAAAAAAAUAAACCCUUCCCCAUGUUCAGAUUUCAGUGUCUUGUGAUGCCUACCAGUUUUCCAGUCAUCAAUAAAGUCUUCUACAGUAAACUUGAAUUUCUAAUGUUAAAAAACAAAAAGAACCUCCUCAUGCAUGGUGUGUGUUUUGUUUUUUUAAAAAAACUUUUGAGGCUGUCUUUAUUCAUCAUAAAGAAGCAAACAGAGCUAAUCUUCUUUUCCUUACUGGUCCCCUGUAAUGCAUGUUAAGUGCUUUGUUGGAAGGUGUGAUAUAGAGUAAGUGCAAGCACAGUACAACUCUCAACUAUCAAACCUCGCUCCCCACAGACCCUUUUUUCCUCCAUCACUGAUAACUGCAACCUGCAGAGGGGUGCGGGCAGACCCACUGGUGCCAUGGGGCACCAAACCAGGUCCAGUUCACUCUCUGUAGAAAACAAUUCCUACCACCCUUCUCUGAGACCCAGAAAAGUAUAAUAAGUACUUAUAAUAAGUAUAAUAACUAGAUCUGAUUCUCUACUUCCUCAAACCUUGUGUAGUUAUGUACACUUGUGCAAAAGUCGCUGUAAAAUGCUACCAAAUCAGAAUGGUACCAUUUUACUCCCCCGUGCUUUGCACUGAUGUAGAGACAAGGCAGAGGAAAGUCUAGUCCCUCUAACUUAAGGCCCAAGCUCUUUCUCUUCCCCAUGUCUCUGUCAGUCACCCUUUCGAACAUAUUGAUGAGAGGAGAACCACACUCUCCUUCCUUGUGCUAGGGUUUGGUGGCCUGAAUCUUUCCUCCUAUUUUCACCUUUAAAAUCCCCUCCUCCCCCCCUCCCCCCAGUGAUAUAUAGCAGAUCCUUCACUCCUGUUUAAAUGGAUUACAGCUUGUUCUCCCCAUUUGCCAGACCAAACCAUGGGGACCUUCUGGCUGCCUCAGUUUAGUGCCCGUUGUACUGCCUGGCUGGCCCAGUCUGGUAGAUUACAUGGCAAUUAUGCUAUGGGGCCAGGAAGGAGACAGUAUAUUUUUGUCUUCUCUAUUUUUGGUUUCCAUUUAUUUCCCCUUCCUUAGACUGGCUUUCGAAUAUUUAUAUACAGUGGUUGGUAUUAAAAAUGGAGUCCUGUGUUUUAUUUAGUUAUGCGGAUUUGCUAUAAUUAACCUCUCCCUUUCAAAAGUACUCCACUAACUGAAAUUAUUAUUAGUACCCUGAUACCUUGAUGAAGGACCUGUUAUAAAUAUUUACUAGAUAGAUUAAUAGAUUUUUAGGGCCCAAAGGAUCAAUGUCUCAUCUGGUUCCCUGCAUUACACAGAUCAUACAAUUUCAUCUAAUGAUUCCUGCAUCAAGCCUGUAACUUGGGGCUGAGCUACAGCAUGUCUUUUAGAAAUGGAUAGUCUUGAUUUAAAGGCGUCAAGUGUGAGAGAGUUAGCAAGUGCUUUUUGAGAUCUGUCAGCCAGUUUUAAUCUGUUUAAUGUUACAUUGAUUGUGUAAAAUGCUGACUUUUUAAUCAGACUAUUGUGCAGUAAUAAGUCAAACGCCUGCCAGAGAUCUAAGUAUGUUAUGUCAACACAGUUCUCUUUGUCAUCUAAACUUGUAAUCCCUGCAAAAAACAAUAUCUGGUUUGUUUGGCAAUGUACAUAUUCAGUUUUCCAAAAUGUAGUAAGUCAAGAAGCUCCUUGGCCAAUGUUUUUAAAACUCUGGGGUGCAAAUUAUCUGGUCUUGUAGAUUUUUAAAUAUUUAAUGUUAGAAGAUGGUGUUUAAUGUCCUCAUUGGUUACUGUUGGAAUAGAAAGUGUUUCAUUAUCAGUGUAAGCUGUAAGUGUGUCAACCUGGUUCUUUCCAAAUACGAAACAGAAAAAAUAUUUAUUGAACACUCCAGUCUUUUCUGCCUCCUUGACAGUUUGACCAUAUCCAUCUAGCAACCCUAUACCGAUCCUAGGAUUUUGGGGCUAGGUUCACAGAAGUACUUAGGUGUUACAAUGCCUAACUCAUAUGCUCUGCUGCAUCAUAGAAUUCUCGGCCCCGAGUUAGGCAGCAGGCUCCCUAUACGAUGCAUGGGGAGAGUUAGGCACCAAAGAAGAGGAUUCUCAGAUGCCAGCAAACUGAACAGGAGUGAAAUGCCUAGAUCCUCAAAGGUGUCAAAGUCCUGUUGAUUUGGGUCUUAGUCAUAUGGCUGAUGGGCUGGAGAGAAGCACCUCCCUCUGCUUAGGAUUCUCAGCCAGGAACCCUCCCCACAGUUAGGCUUCUAAACCAGGUCAUUCCUUUCUCUAAUACCCAGAGAGUGAGACACACGCUGACAUUCCCACCUAUUAUGGGAUUUAAACCCAGGCCUCUUAUGUCCUAGGUGAGUGCCCUAACCACCAGGCUAUGAGGUAUUCUGAGGUGGAUCUCUCUCAAUCUAUCUUAUUGGAGCUGUUCCACUUUGUAGAAGUAAAUAUUAAUGGGGACAGGGAGAAAGCAACUCCACUGCCCAGUAACUGUUCAAGUCCUGCCAACUUGUGCAAAUGUAUUGUGAGUAAUGAAUGGGAUUGUGAUUGAAGCCUCUAUUUAGAAUCCAUUGAUAAAGAAUGCAAAUGAAGUUGGGGUCCCGUUGUUCUAGGCGCUGCCUCAGAGAGCUUAUAGUCUAGUGGUGCUAUAUUCUCUACUAAUGCAGCUCUCCUCCCAGUAGAAGGAUUGGGUGAUUUUAAUAUCGAGGGGAAGUGCUUUGCAGCCAACACUCAGGGUGGCCAGUUCAUGUGAAAUUUCUAUGACUUUUAAAACUUUACUUCGUCUUAGCAGCCACGUACAAACCUGCUAGCAGCUGUCUUUCAGCUCAGUAUUUCUGACUAUGGCCACCAGAGGCCUCUGUUGGGAACCAAGCAGGUGGCUUUGGAGCGCAGGUUCCUCCAUGAAGCACCCUGGCUCCCUGAAGAGCUUUUGCCCUGCUCCUUGCUUUGUGAGCAGUGAGAGAGCUGCCAGCUGGCUGGGCAGAAGCAGUAGCUUCCUUGCAGUUUAGUGCAACGCCAGGGAGGGUGGGAUGGAAAAGUGAAAGCAUUGAGGAUGUAUAGGGAUAAAGGAGAGUGACCUUUACCUCCCUCCACCGGCACAAGAAGUGCCCUGUGCUGACCUCACCUUCCCUCUGCUGCAGAACUGUGAGGGACAGGGGCCUUCGGAGGAACGGGACGGGAGAAGGGGCCAGCACCCAGAUCAAGGUAUAUAUAGCAAGUAAUUAGGAAGAGCUCCCCAGGGGAUUCUUAAGGUGAGCAUAGGAGGAUGCUGGGGAGAGUGUCCGUCCUGUCUGUCAGGAGGAAGAGGAGGGUAUUUCUCUCUCACACACACAUGUACGUAUCAGCAAGGUGGUCUUCCUGUUCUGAAAUAUAAAAUCAGAAGACAGAUUGAAAAUUAAAUAUGACAUACCCUACUUCGUUAUAGUACCCUGAGGGUUCAGUCAUAAUCGGGAAUGCUUGAUGGGGGACAUGCAAUGAUUUUUAAGUUAGUCUCAUGAGUUUUUGUUUUUGUUCUUGUUGUGCCCCCUUGGGGGUUGUUAAUAGGAAAUACUUGAUGGCGAUGUAACCAGUGUGAUACUGAUUCUUUUAAUGGCCAUGAGCAGGGUCCCUAAGCCUGCCAUCAUCUCUGGAUGGAACGAGAGGAAGAGCUGUGUGCUCCAAUUCUCCAGGACUCAGAGGAAAGGGAGAUCCUCUUUGGGGCCUCCACAGGAUUGAAUGAGCAUGAGGAGAAGAACCCCCAGGAAGAUGGUCUUGAGAAUGUGGAACAGUAUGGUACAAUAUCAGAGGGGUGUGAAGAGAAUGUUUUCCAGAGCCCUGAUGAGGCCUAUGAGGGCCAGUACAUGUCAGAAACGCAUCAGGGAGAUCUUCCUGGUAAGAUACUGGGUAACUCCGUUCAUCCAGAAAGAGAUUUGGAAGCUCUUCAAGAUAUCAUCAUCCACCAGAGAAUUCCUAUAGGGGAGAGACCCUAUGUAUAUACUGAAUGUGGGGAGGGCUUCAGUCAGAGCUCGAACCUUACACAGCAUGAAAUAACACAGACAGGAGAGAAACCUCAUAAAUGUACUGAAUGUAACAAAAGUUUCAGUUGGCGCUCAGACCUAAUUAAACACCAGAGAACCCACACAGGCGAGAAACCUUACAUAUGUAGUGAAUGUGGGGAAAACUUUAGUGUGAGCUCUCACCUUUUCACUCACAAGAGAACCCACACAGGAGAGAGACCUUUCCAUUGUAAUGAAUGUGGGAAAAGCUUCAGCCGGAACUCUCACCUUAUUAACCACCAAAGAAUCCACACCGGAGAGAAGCCCUUUGAAUGUGCUCAGUGUGGGAAGAGCUUCAGUGAUUUCUCAACACUUACCCAGCACCAGAGAACCCACACGGGUGAGAAACCUUACGUAUGUGUUGAAUGUGGGAAAAGCUUCAUCCAGAGCUCACACCUCGUUAGGCACCGGAGGAUCCACACAGGAGAGAAACCCUAUAAAUGUGCUGAGUGUGGGAAAAGCUUUCGAUACAAGAGUCACCUUGCCCAGCACCAUAAACUCCACAUAGAGUAGAAAGCACAGCCAUGAGAGCCCCUGUCCUGCCCACAGAAACUCAUGCAUAAAUUAUUAUAUGGUGUGAUGAUAUCGAGAAGGAACUACAAAGGGAGUGGGCACAUUCUUAGUGCAAGUAGAUUGUUCUAGGAUGAAUCGGGGGCUCUGAGUGUUGGGAAUGAGUUUGAUGUUGAUAGGAAUCAAUCAUUUGGGGAUCGGGGGGAACAAGGAGAGAAAGGUAGCUGGGGGAGUUGAUCAUUUGGGGUUCAGAGGGCUGGGAGGUGGGAGGAAUUAGGGCACUGAGGGAAUUUGGUGCUAAGGAACAUUGUUUGGAGUACAGCAAAAUAGAGGGUCAAGAGGGGAAAUAUAUUUCUCAUUGUCUUACUAAGAAGUCAAAAAUGAUAAAUUAGGCUCUGAGACAGAUACCUGGCUCAUAAGAUGUCAGAGCCAAAAUCCUGAGAAAUGCUUCACUUACUGAACUGAGGAAGACAAAGUCCCCUUUGUUCUCUCUGGCAAUGUCUCCAGCAAUUGUUUCCUCAUUUUAGAUUAUAUUUAUUUGUAGCUGCUAUUUUAGGAGCUCAGUUAAAUCUGGGCAAAAAUGUCCCAGUUUUCUGUACGUUAUAAUAUCUACUUUUCUGUUGCAUUGUGUCUCCCCCUCUGAAAUAAAACUUUU